GUCGAUGAAGUACUGUCACCAUGGCGACGAACGAAUGUCACCGUGGCUUGUUGUAAGGCUGUCACUGAACGGAAACAAACAUUUUGCCAAAAAUAAACCACCCGUAGGUAAGGUGGUGGCUCAGAUUUGCUCGGGAACCUUUUGCCGGUAAACAAACAACGUUCAUGGGAAAACGAUGAGAAUAUGCAUGGCAUCGGACUUCUUUUACCCAAACAUGGGUGGAGUUGAGGAGCACAUAUUUAACCUAUCGCAAUGUUUGCUUGCCCGCGGUCACAAAGUAAUCGUCGUCACGCACUCGUACGGAGACCGGAAAGGCGUCCGGUACUUGACGAACGGGCUGAAGGUGUACUACAUUCCCAUCCGGGUGUUCUACAAUCAGGUGGUGCUUCCGACGAUGAUCUGCAACAUUCCACUGCUGCGGUACAUACUGCUCCGGGAGCAGAUAGAUAUCGUGCACGGCCAUUCCGCGUUCAGUACGCUAGCCCACGAAACGAUGAAUGUGGCGAAGCUGCUUGGACUAAGGUCAGUGUUCACGGAUCACAGUUUGUUUGGGUUCGCCGACUUGUCUGCGGUGGUUACGAACAAGUUCUUGGAAAUUUCACUCGCCAACUGUAACCACUGCAUAUGUGUAUCUCAUACGGGUAAAGAAAACACGGUUCUGAGGGCGAAAGUGCACCAGGAUAAGGUGUCCGUGAUACCGAACGCGGUCGAUACGGCUUACUUCACACCGAACCCGUGCCGUCGACCGAACGACGAUGAAACAAUCAAUGUUGUCGUCGUAUCGCGCCUGGUGUAUCGAAAAGGAGUGGAUCUGCUGGCCGGAAUAUUGCCGAAGCUAAAGCAUUUACCGAACGUACACUUUAUCAUCGGUGGUGAUGGACCGAAACGCGCCCUGCUGGAAGAAAUCCGCGAACGCAACAACAUGCAGGACCGGGUGGUAAUGCUCGGGGCAUUGGAGCACGCGAAGGUGCGUGACGUGCUGGUGCAGGGACACAUUUUCCUGAACACCUCCCUAACGGAAGCUUACUGUAUGGCUAUAGUGGAAGCGGCCGCCUGUGGUUUGCAGGUCGUAUCGACCAAAGUCGGGGGCAUUCCCGAAGUACUUCCCACGAGUCUGAUGAUCCUUACCGAACCGACCGUCGAAUCGGUUUACCGUGGACUGCGAGAAGCUAUCCGGCGUGAGGUGGAAAAGAAACAGAUCACCAGCAGUCGCUAUACGAACGGAUCGAUCGAUGGACUCGUGCCGACACCUUCCCGAACCUCGUACACGGGGCUGUGUGCAUUCGAGCGCAAUCAAAUCGUGGCCAACCUGUACAACUGGAACAAUGUAACCGAGCGGACGGAAAAGGUGUACCGGACGGCGCUAUGCGAAGCACCGGCCACGCUAGAAUUAAUGAUGAAAAACUGUCUUAAGAGUGGCGUCUGGCCAUUCGUAUUAGUCAUUUCCAUGUGCCAUCUUAUACUUCGCUUUCUCGAUUGGUUCGUCCCGCGACAGCACAUAGACGUGUGCGUAGCGGAAAAUCCCUUCCUUAGCCCCGAUUACGACCGACAACGAUCGUCGGACACGGUUGGGCUAACCGGCACGACGGUACGACGGAAGCGGGAAAAAUUCUCCUGACGGCAGGCAGCCCUUUGCUCGGUGGACGAAUAAAGGGCUGCGCUUGUUUGUGUAUGUGUUCGCUGUUCGCACAACUUUGCAACGAUGAGAACUGAGUAUUUCCUUUUCGGUAAAGACACUCUGCCGCCCUAUCCCUUUCAAUUUUGUAUUACGGUAGCAACAAAGAUAGCCAAUUUUAUGAGACUAUUUUGCUGUUAGUUAAGUAAUAAAUUUACAUUACAGUUAUUGAUAUUA